AACCAGAGUUUGACUGAAGUGACUACACAGCCUCUUUCCCGGUUCUCAUGGGUCUAAAUGCAUGACUUGUAUGUCCUUCUCAAAAACAACAAAGUGACCUAAGACCCGAGGCGAGAUGAACAAUCCCUGAGACACAGGCAGAAAAAACCCCAGUUGAGACAGGAAGCUGGUUCAGGAACCAACUCGACACCAGAGGCUGCACUCUCUGAUUGGAGCUUGCUUCUGUCUGCCGGGGGCAACUGUGAGCAGCCGCUGCUGUGCUCCAGGUCAGGCACCUGGGUAUCCCUCUCCUCACUGGCUAAUGGAUCCCAAGGGACUCCUUUCGUUGAGCUUCCUACUGUUUCUUUCCCUGGCUUUUGAAUUGAGCUACCAAACAGGUGGGGGCAUGAUGAACUGCCCAAAGAUUUUCCAGCCUUUGGGAAGCGACACGUGGUUGCCUCUGACAUAUGAACGAAUAAAUAAGAGCACGAACAGGAGCAUCCGCAUCCUUGUCACAAAGGCAACAUCUCCCAGCAGCAGCAUCAAGAAGAAAAUAGUGUCUCUUGACCUACCUGAAGGGGGCACUCUAGAUUAUCAGGAAAAUGGCUACCUGUUUCAUUGGGAAAAUCUGAGCCUGAGGAUCCUGGGAAGCAGGAAGGAGAGAGAAGGAUGGUACUUUAUGAGCCUGGAGGAAAAUGUGUCAGUUCAGCACUUUUGUGUGCAACUGAAGCUUUAUGAGCAGGUCUCUACUCCAGAAAUUAAAGUGUUAAACAGAGCCUGGGAGAAUAGGACCUGCAGCUUGAUACUAGCCUGUACCGUGGAGAAAGGGGAUCACGUGACUUACAGCUGGAGUGAUGAGGCAGGUACCCAUCUGCCGAGCCCACAUAACAGCUCCCACCUCUUGAAUAUCACCGUUGGGCCCCAACGCAAUGGCAGCAUCUACAGAUGUAAUGCGAGCAACCCAGUCAGCAGCCGCUCCCAGACCUUCAACCUGCAGCAUGAAUUAUCCUUUGACAAUUUUUUUUCAGAGUCAAGACCAUGGAUACUGUAUGCUGCUGUGCUGGUGUUAGCAGGGAUCACAAUUAUCACCCCAAUUCUCACAGCAAUGAUAAUGCUGAGAAGGAGAGGUAAAGAAAAUCAUUGCCAGCCAAUAGUGGAAGACAAAGGCCUUACUAUUUAUGCCCAAGUCCAGAAGUCAAGUCCUCUUGAGAUGAAGCCUGAUGAUGCCCUGUCAGAUCAGGACCCCUGUACAACCAUCUAUGUGGAUGCCAUAGAGCCUGUCCCAGAGCCUGUACAGGAAUCAAAACCCAUCACAGUCUAUGCCAACGUGACCCUCCCAGAGAGCUGACCCCACAGACCCAGUGAAGGGGCUUUU